GUAAAAGAAAAUUGGCUACCGAACCAGCGACCAAAGAAAUACCGAACAUCGAAUGAGUGCUGCAUAGGGGUUUUCAAGAAGCUCCUGAGACUUUCUCGAGUGACAUGGCUUCUGGCUCUCGUACCUUGGACUGAGGGACAAAGGUUGGAUUCGAUGCAGAUGCUUUCCCUUGUUGUGGAUGAAGGGGAGAUUGAGCAUUGGCGAACCAAAGUUGAAACUGAACCAGAGGGUCCGGAUGAACAGAUGCAGGACCGAAUGGAGGAGAGCGAUACUGAUCCCAUGUCGCAGCUAUCUCGUGGCAGCUCGGCAUAUUCAGUCUUUCAUAAUGGGGAAGAAAUAAUCUAUCUUACCUCAGACGAUGAGGACGGGAUUGAUAACCAGGCAGGUUCUGAAACCCCACCAUCCUCGUACCCGGUUUCUUCUACACCAGACUACAAUGCACCAUCUGGAUUCACAUGUGUCGAUUCCAGCGAUGAGGAGGACCUAUUGGCUUCAGUUGCUCAAUUGGAGGCAACACAGGCCAAGAUACGACGGAGGCUUUACAGCCAUGCAAACUCCAAGGCCCACAUUGGCACGACAGAGUCCUCUGAGCUCGACAAUGGAACAGCCUCUCAUCCACCGCCUGCUUCAUCCUCGUUUCGAGCACUUGGUUCUUUGCCAACUGGCCAUGACCUCAUAACCGCUAACGUGAAUGAUCAUAAAUCACGCUUUCAUGUUGCCAGUGAUGACAGCGAUUCAACGCGAAGCAUUGUGCAGGAGUUCAGCCGCCCCAGAAAGAGGAGGAGGACCGGGAAAGAGGUCAAAGCAGAGAAGGAACUGAAGGCACAAGAAAGAGAGCUCAAACGGAUUACAAAGCAACAAGAGAAAGAGAGAAAGACCGCUGAAAGAGUCCAAGCAAAAGAGAGAAAAGCACUAGAAAAGCAAGCCAAAGAAGCCGACAAAAUCUAUAAGAAAAAGUAUGCAGAAGCCAACAAGCUCGUCACAGACAAGAAAUCUACUCUACCCGAGUUUAUGGUCGAAGUUUCAACGGCGUUCCAGCGGCACCCCAUACUCGCUCAAUGUCUCAACGAGUUCAAGUCAAAGAUGCGACAGAGCGGUUGCAGUGUUUUGUAUUUCCAGAAUCCUUACAUGCAUCCCCAUGUGAUGCGAUGGAGAAAGAGAGUGGACAAGGAAUAUGACACAGAGUUAAAAGAGUGGCUCCCGACCGAGAAUCCCUAUGAGGCUUUGGAACCCCUGUUUUCGGUCUUUUAUACUGCGGAGGAACUUCUCCCGAAGAUCAAUUCGAACGAUCACCUCGCUUUCGAAGAGAUCAGCAACAUCAAGACAGUAUUGCAAACGGAGCCGCAUACAGGGUCUACGAGCACAGACAGAUUAGGACGAAGUGCAUCGGGAGAGUACCAGCUCAUAGUGGUCGUUUUUGGGAUGAAGAGUUACUGUAGAGGAAAGCCUGCCUCCUUCCGACAAGCAUUCAUCAAAUUUGCCUUGCAUGUCAAUGUCUAUCACCGCGUACAUGUCAUCUAUUGCGAAGAUGUACGAGACUUUGCUACAAAACUUUUCAAUAUUUCUGCGGACCAAGGAAUCAAAAUUCACAAGCUCAUCAAGCGUUCCCAUCUUCCAUAUGUAUCUGAUACCUCAAUCAAGACAGGAGAUAGUCUUACGGACACGUACAAAAAGAUGCUAUCCCAAAACUAUAAAUUCACGCGUCCAGUUGUUGAAGCGGUAUGCGGUGCAAAACCAACUCUGAACCAACUCAUGUCCUCUUAUGCUGCGAUUGGGAACCAACAGGAGAGAGAGCUGCUCUUUGCGCCCGUGAUGGUCCACAGAUACAGGGAAGAAGGGCAGUCGAGCACGACGAUGAAUGUCAGUCUCUCAAGGAGAUUACACAAAACUUCUUUUGGUACAGAUCCUUUGGCAUUUGUGGGACCUGACACCACCGCGAACAAAUAUCGUUAA